AUGGAAAAAGUUACUUCACCCAUGUCAUCACAUUCUCUUUUCAAAAAAAGACCAACUCUCUAUUUAUUGGGUGAUUCCAUCACUGAACAAUCCACUCGAAUGAACGGUUUGCACUCACUUUUAUUGGAUUGGUACUCUGUGAAAGUGGAUAUCAUCAAUCGGGGAUGUUCUGGAUAUAAUUCCGAUAUGAUUUUGGAGGCUUUAAAAAACAAUUUUGAUGGUGCCUUUUAUGAGUGUGCUGUUUCAAUGAAAAAUUAUGAUUAUGACACGGAAGGUGGUGUUUCCUUGUCAUCAUUGCCCACAAUUUCUGUUUUUAUUUGUUUGGGAGCGAAUGAUGCCAGUAGUGAACAUGUUUCAGGUAUCAAGCAACAUGUUCCUCUUGAACGUUAUUACGAGAAUUUGAAAGCCAUCAUUCAGUUAUUGAAAACAAAUCUCGUAUAUUCAAGAUUGGACAUUUUGCUUUGUACGCCACCUCCCGUUCAUACUCAACAAUAUGCCAAUUAUUUGAAAGAAAAAUAUAAUCAUGAUGGAAUCAUUGAAGUGAGAAGUGAAGCAUUGGUGAGACCCUAUGCACAAGCUGUAAGAGAUUUAGUCGAUCGAUUCAAGGAAAAUGUGCAAAAAGAGGAGACAUGCAUUUCUGAUAAUUGUGCAGUACAUUUGGUGGACUUGUGGAAUGGACCCAAUUCUGAGUUAUGGAAACAAGAGAGUGCCUAUACAGAUGGUUUGCAUUUAUCGAGUGAUGGGUACAACAUUGUUUUUAAAUGUUUGAAAUCAGUCAUUUCCAAAGAGGUUACUCAUCUCAAUGCUGACCUGACGCCAUUCUCUCAUAUUUAUUGGAGAACCUAUUUGGAAUCCACACAACAGAAAUCAGAGAAGCAUGAACAGCAGAAAUGA